ACACUACAUCACCGGGAGACGGGGGCCGGCGUGGAAUGUGAGCUUCCAUUGCUGCCACCUCUGUCCAGGCGUGACUGGCAGAACACGAUGCGGAGGGUGAUCUCUUCCACGUCGUCUGGCUCCUCAUCACGUAGCAGGCUCUCCCUAUUGUCGUUGUAGCCGGAUCCGCCCACAGCCUACACCUACGCCACCCUGAUGAACUGCUGCUGCCGCGUCUGUCGUCCAGACCUUGGGUUUGCCUUAUUUGGCCGCCUCCUAAGGAGAGGCCUCAAAACAGAUGAUAUCGUCACCAACACCCUCCUCAAGUGCCUCUGCUGCGCAAAACGGACAGACGAGGCUGUCAGCGUGCUGCUUCAUAGGAUGUCCAAGCUUGGUUGUGUGCCUGAUGUCAUCUCAUACAACACAGUUCUUAAGAGCUUAUGUGAUAAUAGCAGCAGCCAGCGGGCGCUCGACCUCCUUCAGAUGAUGACGAAAGGAGGUGGCUGCUCCCCUGACGUAGUGACAUACAACACGGUCAUCCAUGGCUUCCUGCAGGAAGGGGAAGUAAGCAAGGCAUGCGAUCGAUACCAUGAAAUGGUGCAGCAAGGGGUUCUGCAUGAUGUGGUGACAUAUAAUUCGAUUCUUGAUGCGCUGUGCAAGGCAGGAGCUAUGGACAAGGCUGAGUUGUUCCUUCAGCAGAUGGUUGAUGAUGAUAUUCGACCGAAUGAAGUGACAUAUAAUGCAAUGAUCCAUGGAUAUUCCACUUUGGGCCAGUGGAAAAGGGCGACUCAAAUGUUUAGAGAAAUGACAAGCCGUGGUCUUGCUCCAAAUAUUGUUACUUGGAGCUCGUUGAUGACCUCCCUCUGCAAGCAUGGAAGAAGCAAAGAAGCUGCAGAAAUUUUCAUUCCAUGGCUGCAAAAGGCCACAAGCCUAACAUCGUUACGUAUCGUGUUCUGCUUCACGGGUAUGCCGCUGAGGGAUUCUUUGCAGAUAUGAUUGAUCUCUUUAAUUCAAUCGCAAACAAUGGUAUUGUACCCGAUUGCCACGUUUUCAACAUAUUAAUUAAUGCAUAUGCUAAAUGUGGA